AUGAAGCGAUACCGAUCUGCUUCGACAGGUAGAUAUAUAUCAGAAUCAAAGAAAAGAAGAAUCGAUUGCUUUAUAGAAAACAAUGUUAGAAAGAUUGUGAAUGAUCAUUCUUAUUCUUCAAGACCUACAAGUCAUGAAAAUCUUGAGAAUCCCGAUGUCGAUGAGCCAGUGUCAUUAUUUGAAGACGAUAAUGGAGACCAAGCCUCUAUAAAUGGGUCACCAAACAGUGCUAAUAAGACAGAAAAUAGUAACACUUUAUGUAAUUGUUUAGAUGAAGUAGAUGGAGAGAAUGAAUGUGAAACGGGGACCAGUUGGAGGCAGGGUAGACGAAUAGUGGAGUUGGGGUUUCUUGUAGCAAACUCUGUGAAGUUCAGGUAUGCUACACAGUGGUACAGGGGAAAGGAAAGUAUCCAACCUAUUGUCUACACUGAACAUACCCCUUGUUCCAAAACAACACUCAAGAAAAGAGAGAGGGAAAUAGGUCAGGCUGUAGAGGAAAUUGCUCAUUCCAGUGGUUCUGAUGCUGCUGUUAGAGAAAGAGAAUUGACAGAAGAGUCUCCUGUAUCUGCAUCAUUUGAUGGUGGCUGGCAAAAACGUGGAUCGUGGAAAUCUUACAGUAGUCUAUCUGGUCAAGAUUGUGAAAUCAUUCAAAUUGGGGCAGCAUACACUGACGAACACAGUUUCAGCAAGUAUCUUCUACCUUCCAAACGAAUUUCAACUAGUGCUAUCGCUUUGACUGGUCUUACUGUUGCUGGGAACCAGAUGUAUAAGGAAGGUCAACCAGUUCAAGCAACAUCCCCAUGUGAAGGACUUCGGAACUUUUUGCAUUGGUUGUCUACAAUUCACAAGCCCAUAGUGUUAAUGGCUCAUAAUGAUAGAUUUGAUGCAAAUGUCUUUUGUCGUGCGUUAAUAGGAAACAAACUUAAGGAUGAUGCAGGGAAAGUUAUUCAAGGAUUUGUCGAUACUCUUCCACUGUUUAGGAAAAGUGUGCCCGGACUCUCCUCUUACAAACAGACUGAUUUGGUAAAGUGUCUCCUUCAAACAUACUACUGUGCACAUGAUGCAGCAUCUGAUGCAAAAUCUCUCCUACAACUUGUAAAUUCUCAGACCUUCUUAGAGGAUCUCUUUCUUCAACACAGUUUUUCACUUGACUCAUACAUCAAUGUUAUUCAAUAUCAUGAGAGAGUGCAGAAGAACAAUUCAUCACUAAUAUGCUUAGUGGACAAUAAUGUCAUUUCCAAAUUGAUGAUGACACAUAUUGCAAAGUCUGGACUUUCUUUAUCUCACCUUUUAUUGGCUUAUAAAAGAGACCCUGAAAAUGGUGUGUUCCAUCUGUUCUCUGAGAGAACAAUUGAAGGCAAAGCAAGGGUGACAUGCAAUAAGAAAAUCAUUGGAAACCUUUGUGUUUACCUUAAAAGCAUGAGUAAUUAA